GGCCACAGAUUCUUUUGGUUUUGGUCAGUUAUAAAGGUAAGUGUUAAAACAGACAGGAAUUCAGUGCAGUCACAGUGCAGUCCUGAAGAACAAACAUCAUCAUGAUGGGAAAGAUCAUCUUCUACGAGGACAAGAACUUCCAGGGUGGUUCCUAUGAGACCAGCUCCGAUUGCCCUGAGCUGACCUCCUACCUGAACAGGUGCCACUCCUGCAGGGUGGAGAGCGGCAACUUCAUGGUGUACGAUCGCCCCAACUUCAUGGGAAACCAGUACUUCAUGAGAAGGGGAGAGUACUCCGACUACAUGAGCAUGAUGGGAAUGAGUGAGUGCAUCAGGUCCUGCCGCAUGAUCCCCGUGCACUGUGGAAACUUUAGGAUGAGGAUCUACGAGAGGGAGAACUUCGGAGGUCAGAUGCACGAGAUGAUGGACGACUGUGACUCCAUCCAGGAGCGUUACCGUAUGUCUGACUGCCAGUCCUGCAACGUGAUGGACGGCCACUGGCUGAUGUACGAGCAGCCCAACUUCAGAGGCAGGCAGAUGUACAUGAGGCCUGGAGAGUACAGGAACUUCAGGGAUAUGGGCAUGGGAAUGGGAGGCAUGAGUGGUGGCAUGAGGUUCAUGAGCAUGAGACGUAUCAUGGACAACAUGUCUAUGUAAAUGCUAUGAAAAAUGUAUGAAAAAUGUAUUUUUGAUUAGUCUCUGUGGGACAAUUCAUGGAAGCGAAAACAAUAAAACUCUGAGUUUCAGUGA